AUGGCCGAAACUUCUACGUUCACGGUGCCCGCUGGGCAUGCCAUCACAGUGAAGCUCAUCAACACAGUAAAUUUCGGACCUGCACAGCUACAUAGAUUUAUGGCACCACCGGUUCCUGGGAUGGAAGCACAUCCUAGCAAUCCGUCAUUUUCAUUCCUUUUGGAACAUUCGUCAGGUCGAAAACUGGUUUUUGAUCUGGGCAUCCGCAAGGAUUACCAAAACUAUGCUCCUAAAAUUGAGGAGUACAUCCCGACGACAAAAUAUAAAAUUGAAGUGACGAAAAAUGUGAUUGAUAUUUUGGAGGAAGAGGGAAUCAAAGGGAAAGAUAUAGAAGCUGUCAUCUGGAGUCAUUGGCACUGGGACCAUAUCGGAGAUCCUUCUUCGUUUCCAUCUUCAACCGACUUAAUUGUUGGACCGGGGUUUAAGGAUGCGAUGCUGCCUGGUGCCCCUCAAAAUCCAGAUUCACCGCUGGGCGAGUCUGCUUUCGAAGGGCGAAACCUGCGAGAGAUAGCAUUUGAAGGGGGAAAAUGUCUGAAAAUUGGCCGCUUCAAAGCAUUCGACUAUUUCGGCGACGGUUCUUUCUAUCUCCUGGAUAGCCCCGGCCAUGCUAUCGGCCAUCUGUGCGGGCUUGCCAGAACAACCGCCAACCCUGAUACAUUUGUACUCCUGGGCGGCGAUGUUUGUCACUAUGGGGGCAUCUUCCGACCCUCAAAGUACUUGCCUGUUCCUGAGUCUAUCCAACCACAUCCCUGUCAUCCACAUGGAGAUCCCACGUUCUGUCCUGGCGACGCAUGGGAAGAACUACAGCGAUCGCGGGGUCGAGGCGUGAACGACCCACUCUUCACUCCGACAUUCGGUCAUGACAUUCCUCAAAUAAUUGAGACGAUUGGAAAAUUGCAAGAGGCGGAUUGUCUGGAUAACGUUUUUGUCAUUAUUGCUCACGAUGCCACUGUUCGUGAUUCUGUCGAUCAGUUCCCAUUGAGUUUGAAUCGUUGGAAAGAGAAAGGAUGGGCCAAAGACCUCAAAUGGGCUUUCCUACGCGAUGCCGAAGUUUACUGGAAGUCCAAAGGUGUAAUCUGA